AUGGAACUAUUGGUAGUUACAAUAACGCUUUUGGCCACCUUUUUCCCAAAGAAUUCUAAAGGGUUCAGCCAAGGUUCGUCUGGAGGAGUAUCAUAUGUCGAAUACGGGCUUCAGCAGUUUUCCUUCUUGAACAUCACAAAAAUUGGCUCUGAACUUGUCCAACAUGGCAGCGAGUGUGGAUUUGCCUGCUUAGAAGUCACUUCAUGUUUUUCCUAUAACCUGGCUGUAUUUCCUGAUAUCAAAGGAAGAUUCUCAUGUGAGCUGCUUCCAUCUGACAAGUAUAACAACUCGGCUAAAUUAUUUAACAGUCCGAUAUUUCAUCACUUUAGUAUAACGUUGAAUGGAACUGACAUUGGUGAAGCUGGUGCUGCUGUUCUGGCUGAGUUUUUGAAAGAAAAUUCAUGCCUGGAAAAAAUAUAUCUGAUCAGAAAUAACAUUGGUGAAUCUGGUGCGGCUGCUCUAGCUGAUUGUUUCAAAGAGAAUACAUCUCUGACAUAUUUGAGUUUGACUCUUAAUAAAAUUGGUGAUGAAGGUGCUGCUUCUCUGGCUGAGUGUUUGAAAGAAAAUAAAUCUCUGCAAAGGUUAGACUUGGAUGAAAAUGACAUUGGUGAAGCUGGUGCUGCUUCUCUGGCUGAGUGUUUGAAAGAGAAUACAUCUCUGACAUAUUUGAGAUUGAGUUUUAAUAAAAUUGGUGAUGACGGUGCUGCUUCUCUGGCUGAGUGUUUGAAAGAAAAUAAAUCUCUGCAAAAGUUAGACUUGGAUGAAAAUGACAUUGGUGAAGCUGGUGCUGCUAGUCUGGCUGAGUUUUUGAAAGAAAAUUCAUCCCUGAAAAGUAUAAAUCUGAACAGAAAUAACAUUGGUGAAGCUGGUGCGGCUUCUCUGGCUGAGUGUUUGAAAGAAAACAUAUCUCUAACUGUGUUGUAUUGAUCUCUAAUUAACAAAUGGUAAACACCACAGCGUACACUAUUGAGUUAUGGAUGCACGCGGGAGGUUGCUAAGCACGA